CAUUUAAUCCCCACUCUAUCAAAAAUCUUGACGAGAGCGCAAUCAUUUUCUCUAUGGAUGUAACAUAGGUUAGAAUGUUUAAAACGUUAAAUGCCGUGUGGGCUAUCAGUGAUCCAUGACUAUACUUUAUGCCGCGUUCCCACGAGACGUGAACCACGAACGUGAAUUACGCUUUCGUGAACUACGAUUCGUGUAAACAUGCUAUUGUGAAGAUCGUCUGUGACGUAAAGACUUCCACGACUCAGUCGUGACGGGAACCGGUUUGAUUUUCAGUCGUGGCAGUAGCACGCGUGAAACAAGAUGUCCACGCAGCGUGUAUUAAAAUUAAACGAUAAUGAUACUCUUCAGUUUUUAGAUUUAUAUCAAACGGAACCUAUACUUUAUAAUCCGACGUUGGAUGAGUAUAGGGAUCGUGAUAUGCGGGCAGCAGCGGCCCAACGAAUUUCGGAAGCUUUAAAUAUAGAUGGUUUUGGACCAAAAGAAGUAAUCUUAAAAUUUAAAAACUUGAGAAGUUCGUAUUGUCAAGAAUUAAAAAAGAUCGCGGAUAGUCAAAGAUCGGGAAGAUCUACAGAUGAGAUCUAUAAACCAAAAGUAGUGUGGUUUACAAAGAUGAACUCCUUUAUUCGUCCUUUUGUACAACAAAGAGAAACUCAAUCAAAUGUCAUGCUCCAAAGAAAUAAUAUUGAAACUGAAAUUAAUCAAGAAAUAAAUGCGGAACAAGUAAUAACGGAGGAUAUUGCUAACGAUAAGAUUUUUUUUCACACAUCCCAACUUUCGAAAACAUUACCUGUAUGCAACAAACCUGUAGAAAAAAGAAAAGUGUUUUUCAACAAAACAGAAUCAGAAAAUAAACUUCCGAAAAAGAAAAAAAAUAUGAAUGUGUGCGAAGAUUCAGCCUUUAUAUCUCAUGUUUUAAAUAAACUCCAAGAUAUAUCAACCCGAGCGGAACAAAUUGCAGAGAAAAAAGAUAGCUACGAUCAUUUCGGGAAAUAUAUAGGGUCGUUAUUGCGAACUAUUGGAUUUCCAGAUGCUAUGAAAUUGCAACAACAGAUUAUAACUCUGAUUAUGAAUAGAAUGUGUGCACCAACUAUUCAAAAUCAAUAUAGUAACACAGUACCAAGUACAUCUUGCAGUGAGGAAGGAGCUUCCGAACAUAUAUAUUCACCUUCUAAUGAAGAUAUUCCUGGUUAACUAAUCUAUAAAUUCUAAAGAAAAUAAAUUUAUUUCUUUAUUCGUAAUUUUAAUAUUAUUUAUACAUAUAUAAUAUUAUUUAAUAUAUAACACAUAAUAUAAUUUUCUUAAUUACAUAAUUUAUAAGUUAAAUAAUAAUAAAAAUAAUAACAAUAAUAAUAAUAAUUACUAAUAGAAGAAUAUACAGAUAUACAUGACAUAACUCCACAAAUUAUCAAUGCGAUUAUCAAUGAAUACAACAUGGGGCCAAAAAAUACUACGAAUACAUGUCAACAAAUAUCUUUGAAAAUGAAAAAUUCCAACUUUAUUGGGAUAUAUCAAGACAUAUACAAAAACACAGUAAAUUUAAUACACCAGACAUCAUAAAUAAAAAAAAUAAAACUAUAUACCUAAUCGAUAUCGCGAUAAAUACAACGAUGCAAAUGUACAAUAAAAAUAUAAUGAUAAACUUAAAAAAUUACAC